AUGAGAUCGGAGAAGAGACCAGCGAAAGAGUCUCUAGCUUCUCGUCACAAACGGACAAAACUGGCAGUGGAUGUGAGAAGAGACAGUGAAGGACAAGAUGGAGAAGACACACCAAUGGAUGAUAAAGACUGUUCUAUCCCCGACACAAAGAUGGAAGAAGCUGGCAUAUCUCUAUCUUCUGCUAUCUUUGAUCCACCGCUGCUCAGAAACAAAGAUACUGACGUAGACAUCCCCAGAGACUUGGACACUAUGAAGCCGAUAUUCCAGGAAGCAGCUCGAUACGCUGCUGCUGAGAAGGACGAGGACAAGGCAGAGCGCUUUGAGGAUACGUCUAUGUGUUCAAUGCUGGCUGCAUGCUCAAACCGAGUCCUUUCCAAGAUCUAUGCCUUGCGAGAAGUAGUUACAAGCCAUGCUGGUCGCACAGCUAUGCGGGUUGAAGACAUGAAGCUUUGUGAAGAGCUUUGCAAUAUUCUCACUUGUGAGGAGUGA